AUGCCAGGUCCGUUGUUGGACAAGGCUUGGGUCGUCGGAACACGCGAGCAUGCAGUCCACCUGAAAGAGCGCACCUGUAUCCAACGUGAACCGUGCCGUUGGGCUUCAGCUCCCUUGCAUCCAAUGGCUGCAUUAUCCUUGUUGGACAAAGACCUUCAGUUUGCCGGCUUGCUCAAGUGCUUCAGCACACAGCAGCUGUUGAUCUGUCCUCAGAAACACGUCCCACCUAAUGAGGUGCCUCAAUCUCCGAACUGCACUGGUGUUCUUAAAAUUCCACGCGUGACAACAUAUAGCCAAGCCAGGUGUUGCACCAAUGGCUCAACUUGUGCAUGUGCACAGCCCACUCUUCAGAUUUGUGCAGCCCCAGAAUCUCGUUCCAGGAUAGGCCUUCCACCUGGAGAAUUUGCAGAGAACUGCCCUUGCAUCAUGAAAGCAGUAAUCUUUAUUGAUGGCAUGCAUGAAGACAUUGCCACAUCUUGA